AGGGGUCGGUCUAUGAGCCGGCCACAUUAGGUUAUCAGUCUGGAUCUUCGCAGUCCGAGGUCAGGGAGCCGGAUGAACCCGCAGAGAAACUGCCAGCCGAACACAACAGACACCGACAGGACACGGAAGUUCGAUAUGCAGAAGCAAUGCUGACUGACCUGCACGCAGCCAUGGUACCGAAGCGCGAACCGGUGAAGUUCGAGGACCGAGAGCGCACGCAGGCAGCGUGUGGGUGCCAAAGUAAAUGCAACAACUGCAAAAUUUUCCUGAGUUUAUUCAUCCUCUCGCUCUCCCUGCAUCUCAUCACGCUCUUCUGCUACCUGGACCUCCGCUCGGAGCUCAAACGCGAAAUAUCCCAGAAAAACAAAGACGAUGUGUCAUCUGCGGGUCCACUGCCGCACUAUGAAGAAACACCGCCAGUGCUCCGGUCACCGGACACCGACCACCCAACAAUAGGCGAUCAGAUCAGAUGGAAGGAUCGUACGCAAGAGCUGGAAACAGUCAUUCAUCGCACCAAGCGUUCAGAAGCGAACGGAAAAAAGAAAGGAGAUCGGAAAAAGGGCAAGAAAGGGCCCCCUGGUGCUCCUGGACCUCCAGGUCCACCAGGUCCUCAAGGCCCCCCUGGAAUACCAGGGAUACCGGGGAUCCCAGGCACUAACGCAAUGGGUCCCUCUGGCCCACCGGGCCCUCCUGGACCCGCCGGGCCACCCGGACCACAAGGUCCACCUGGACCACAGGGACAUUCAGGUGGUGCAGAUAGAGGCAAACACAAAGAAACACAGCCAGCUGUGGUGCAUCUUCAGGGUCAAGAGACCACUAUUCAAGUGAAAGAAGAUUUGUCAGAAGGUGUGUUGAAGAAUUGGAGAAUGAUUUCAAUUCAUCAGAAAGUGUUUAAAAUGCACUCCCGCUCUGGAGAGUUGGAGGUCCUGCUUGACGGAACAUACUUUAUAUAUAGUCAGGUAGAAGUAUAUUACCUGAAUUUUACAGACAUAGCAAGUUAUGAGGUGAUGGUAGAUAAGACUCCAUUCUUGCGCUGCACAAGAAGCAUUGAGACCGGCCAGCGCAAGUUCAACACCUGUUACACUGCUGGUGUUUGUUUAUUGCGAGCUCGUCAGAGGAUCUCCAUCCGCAUGGUGUACGAAGACACCUCCAUCUCCAUGAGCAACCACACCACCUUUCUCGGCAGCAUCCGCCUAGGGGACGCCCCAGCUACAGGACAUACCUGAGCCAAUCACCUCGCAGAUCGACCAUGUCAAACACAGAUCUCAUGAGAUCUGAAUGAGCAAUGAACUCAUCUGAGCCAUCAGCCCAGGCCCAUGGACAUGGCCAGUCUAGAGCCAUACAGUUUAUGAACUAAUGGCCUUAUCUUAAUUUUUACCUUCUCAAUGGCUUCAUCAAAACUGAACAGCAUUGACCACUGACGAAAAAAUCAAACUCUAGCACUGAAGCCCAUCACCAAUCCUUAAACAUUAUAGACAGGCAAGGAAUCCAACUGGUAAUAAUCAAACAGACAUGGAUCUACAAAUCAGAUGUUUAAAUCUGUGGGUAACAUCAAUGCCGAGGACACAAUCUGCACCUGCAUCGAUAAAUAUUUUGGUGUCUGGAGCUGAGUUUUUCUGUGUUUUACCAACCUGCUAUAAAAAUAUAUAUUUUCACUUAUUUCAAAUUGUUUACAUACACACACACAGUCAGGAUAUCCUUUGUCACAUGAAGUGAUUCAAUUUUUUUUGCUCAGUAACUGAUUAUUUUGCCAUAACUGAGUGUGUUUAGUGUAUGUGAUGGCAGUAGUUCAGUCACUUGCAUUAUUCAUCAUGCUUUCAAGUCCCAUUAACCAAGCGGCAUCAACCCGAAUGCAAAAUACCAUAUAUGCCCUGCAGGGGUCGCUAUUGCUCCUGUAUAUUAAAUGUAGCACUGAGAAGUUGGUAUUGUUCAGAAUAGCAUACUAUCAUACUACUCUUACUAUUGUUGCAGUAUGUAUAUUGUGCACCGUAUGCAGUUAUUUUUAUGCAUAGAGUAUCAUCCAAACCUAAUAUAUUUGCUUAAAUAAGCAAUAUACAGUAGAGCAUACUAAGCGAAAUACUGUGUUCCACAAUGCAAAAUUGUCAAUUGGACAGAUAACCUGGAAAUAAUGUCAAUCUAGAAUUCAUAACAUCUCUUUAUUUACGUGUUGUAAUGUGUGCCAUUUAAAUAGUGGAAGGUAUAUGGUAGUACACAGUAAGCUCGUAUUUCAUUCUGAACAUAGUAUUUUUUUCUUUCCCUCUUGCAUACACAUAGCAAACAAGUCAAUCAAUCCUGCAGGCUUCCUCAAGACUGUUCAGCACCUGCCGGACAGCUCAGGAUUGUGGGACUGAUUGGGUUCUAGAGACAGACAGAAUUUAGCAAGUGUAGUUAAUGGGAAACAGAUCCAAGAUCUUCACAGUGAGAACAAAAUGCUUUUUGUGUUCAAAGGUCUUUGAAUAAAAAGAUGGGAAUUAUCUGGAACUUUGUGAAGAGUGCUGUUAAUCUGCCCCAGGAUCUCACUGCCUGUCCCCUCAUCCCAACAUGGAAAUGUAACACAACAGGCAGGAUCAGAACAGGAGAAAGUCUGAACAUGAUCGAUUUGUUGUUUGGAUCUCUUUUCUAGUUUUAAACAUCAGAUCUGAUCGACAACUUGUUUUAGUUUUUGGUGUGUUUGUUUUAGAUAUGAGCCUUUGUAGGUCAUUAAUUUGUAUACUGUGUGUAGUCAUGUUUUACUGAAGAUAAUGUAUAUUUGUAAACUAUACAGGGGCUGUAUAUAUGUAUAUAAGAUCUUUUUGUACAAUUGUUGUCACAUUAAACUGUUUAUGAAAAAUCUUCUGUUUUUUUUUAAUUGGUGUAUGGUGCCACCUAGUGUCAAUAAAAAUCGUGUUUGUUUUGAUUUA